AUGGCUUUCACCGAGAAAGACUUCUAUGCUGGACAUUUCAAUCCAAAAGACUAUUUGGACACCUAUUACAACUUCAGCUCUGGAAAAGAAAACAAGAAUGCCUUUUUGUUUUUCUUUCUGAAAAAUCUCCACCAGGCAUUCAUUUUAGGUAAGUGCUGGUGUAUUUCAUGGGUUCCAGAGCUGUCACCAAACUGGGUUGCCUGGAAAGAGAUCCCUGAAAGGGAUAUGAAUGAUCCAUUUGAUUGUCCUGAGUUGCCAGCCUCUGCGGAAGCCCAUGGUGGGAGAGACCUUUAAUACCAGGUGGAUCUAUAGCAGUGGUAGCUUUCCAGCUCCUGUUAGCCCCGGCCAACAUGCGUCAAUGCUCAGGGGAAUGAUAGGAGUUGUGGUUCAGCAACAUUUAGAGGGCUGCAGGUUGCAAUGGGCAAACCUGUCAUUUGUUGUUUCUCAUUCUUCCAGCCUUAGGCUCCAUUCCCCACAUUUCCACAUUCCAGUUUGCAGGGGGAAUAAUUAAUUUCUUAUGAAAAUGCAUUAGCAUUUUAGUGCAAACGUCUCCUAACAGACAGAAUUCUGUGUGCAAUUUUUGUAUAAUACACGGAUUUUUGCAAAGCAGUUUUCCCUAAUACCUUUCAAAUAUUGUUUCAUAAAGACAUGAACUUUUAUGCACACUUUACCCUGCUAUGUCUAUUUUUGUACCCAUGUCUUGACUGUAGAUCUACACUGCAAAAUUCAGAAAUGUGUGAAUUUUGAAAGCUACCUGUGCGUCAAUUCAUAUAUUGUUUUGAAAAGAGCAGGUUAGGCAGAUUUGCCUACCAAUGCAAAUAGAAUUGAAUUUCUCCCUUCCCCCAUUAGCACAGGUUAGCCACCCUUGAUCUAUAGGGUUCAGCAGCAGUUUUGAAACACUGUGAAAGCUUUCCCUUCUAAUAUUCACUUAUAAAGUUGUUGACGAAAUGUGAAAUGACCAAGCGAGGCUGUUUGUUGUCCAAGAAUCAUGGCUGAAAUCUGAACAAAUGGGUAAAUGGGUUAAUUCCAUGCAGAUGACAUAAAAGGGGACACCCUGAUUGAUAUUGGAAGUGGACCGACCAUCUACCAGUUCCUCUCGGCUUGUGAGUCCUUUCGAGAAAUUGUCGCCACAGAUUAUUGCGAUCAGAACAGGGAGGAGAUGCAACGAUGGCUAAGGAAGGAGCCAGGAGCUUUCGACUGGAGCCCAGUGGUGAAAUAUGUGUGCGAGCUGGAGGGUAACAGGUAUGGAGAAUUUUCUGGCAUGGGACAUUGAAUGUGGAAUUUUAAGACUCCGCGGCUCUCAGAUACCCUCUGGAAGGAAGGUUGGUACAGCCAUCACAGGUUCUUGUAGAUCACAAAUGAAACAAACAGAAAUCAGGCACUGUAGUUUAGUUUCCCCAGUUGGUUUACGUGAGCACAGCAGCACAGCACCUUUACUGAUCCAACGUCUAAUAGGAAAAUAACAUCUGCAAAGCAGAAAAGCACAUAUAGAGUAAAUUGCACCUCACUUGUAACUUGUAGGACACUGGCUCACCCUUUGAGAUCCACAGCAACCAGGAAUUAUUCAUACAUUCAGCUGAGGAUGUGGAGCGAUCCUGAGAUGUGCCUGGCUAGAAUUAGGAACGUCUGAGGACAGGGGUUGGGCAUUGUGGGGUGCAAGGAUCCUGUCAUGUUCAUCUUUCAUUCUUCCCCAGGGAAAAGUGGGAAGAAAAGGAAGAAAAGGUCCGAAGAGCCAUUAAGCAGGUACUGAAAUGCGACGUGACCCAGGCCAGCCCAUUGGGCCCUGUGGCUCUGCCUCCAGCAGACUGCUUGAUGUCCUCCCUGUGCCUGGAAGGGGCCUGCAAAGACCUGCCCACCUACCGCUCUGCUCUGAAGAACAUCAGCUCCCUUGUCAAACCAGGGGGGCACCUCAUCUUAGGCUCCGUCCUAAAAGAAACCUACUACAAGGUGGGCCAGCAGCCCUUCUCCGGCCUCUACUUGGAGUGGGCAUCUGUGGAGGAAGCCCUCAAGGAGGCAGGCUUUGCUGUCAAGUUGCUCAAGGAGACCAAGAUUGAUUUGCCACUAUCUGAGACAGACGCAAAGGCAUUCGGCAUUGUGGUGGCUCAAAAAUGCCAGAGCUGA